AUGAAGCGGAAAGCCAAGACCGCGAUCACUAUCUUAUCGUCUCUGAUCGCCUAUGCGUCGAUAAACAGCUUGGCCCGCGCCCUCAACCCCACUGCCUUUAUCUGGAGCGAGGAAGAUAAGGACGAAAGCACUUGGAUUGCUUCUUCCAACUCCUUUGUAGACCGCAAAGUCUGUCGCUGGUUUGGUCUCUGCGGUGCCUCGCAUUUCCGCCCGGUCUCUGAUCGCUUCGGUCACCGUAAGAUCGCCGCGGAGCGGGAGGAGGAAGCUCCCCCGCUUUGGCAGUCUUACUGGUCGAGCGGUCAGAACGGGCCGGGCCAGUGGGACGAUGCUGAGCGGGCCCGUCGCGAGAUCCCCGACUAUGUCUUCCAGUAUGCUCCUCUCGUGCAUCUCUUCUCCAAUGAGCAAUUCUGGCCAACCGAUAUCGCCGAACAUCUCUUUCACACCACUCCUAUGCUGAACUAUACCCCAAUUCAACCUCAAAAGGUGCACCCGACUUUGGAUGAUCUCAGCGAAUUGAACCAAUGGAACAGAGCCCGCAACGUGUUUCUGACCAGCACAGACAAUGUCGAAGAUCGCCCUUCCUGGCUGGAAGGCGACAAAAACAUUCCCGUAUCGGCUACGGACGGGACUGAGGAGUCUUGGGCUGACUGGGAUGGCCGUGUUGACGGGGAUAUCCCGGGGGAUACAGACGAGGACAGAGCCAAAUGGUAUGACACCGAUCAGCCGCUCCGCACACAGGCGGAUAGUGAUCCAUCGGAUGAUGAGGAUUCCCAGCCCGGGAAUCCCUUCAGCGAUGAAGAUCUGGAGGAGCUACGAAGGAGGUACGGCGGACAUCGUAUUCAGGUUCAAAAGACUGGCGGGCGCAGCGAUGCACCAGCUGUCUUGGUCGUGAUCGACAAAGGGAAUGGGAUUAUCGACGCAUUCUGGUUCUAUUUCUACAGUUUCAACCUUGGCAACGCUGUCCUGAAUGUGCGAUUUGGAAAUCAUGUUGGCGACUGGGAGCAUUGCCUUGUGCGAUUCCACCAUGGCAAACCCAAGGCGCUCUUUUUCAGCGCUCAUUCGGCGGGCGAAGCGUACAGCUAUGAAGCGGUUGAGAAGAUUGGUGAACGGCCUGUCAUCUACUCUGCAGUAGGCAGCCAUGCAAUGUAUGCCACCCCUGGAGUACACCCAUACGUCCUUCCAUGGGGUCUACUCCACGACCAGACUGAUCGGGGUCCUCUCUGGGACCCUCUCCUGAAUUCCCACACCUAUACAUACGACCUUGUUAACGAUACCUUACGUGCAUCUACCGCUAAUCCUUCUGCUCCUACCGAAUGGUUUUACUUCAGAGGCCACUGGGGCGACAAGUUUUAUCCACUGGGAGAUGAUCGUCAAUAUCGCUUCGCUGGCCAGUAUCACUACGUCAGCGGCCCGCUUGGCCCUCGUUUCAAACAUCUCGAUCGUCACAAGGUUUGCCAGGGCCCCGACAACAGUCCCUGCGUGAUUAAAAAUUGGAUUGGCGAAAGCCAACGAGCCAAGCGCUGGGCCAGUUCUGGAACUGGCGAAGAACACUCUUGA